CAUAUUUUAGCUAUGACAGCUGAUCUGUUAAAAUUAUGUGACCCAGCAGCUUAUUAUAAUCAAUUCUUAUCGGAAUCAAUUUAUCCAGAUGGUCGGUCAAUUAGUCGCUUUCGGCCAAUAAUGCUACGGAUGGGUGUUAACGGACGAUCAGCGGGUUCCAGUUUUGCUCGACAAGGCGGGGCAACUGUUACAUGUAAUAUUGAAGCAUUGUUGGCACCCGUUUCGGAUGCUCCCAUUAUUAUGCCCAUUAUACAGGCUGCUCCAAAUAUACCAAAAAAUUUGGUCGAAGAUGCAAUGGUUAUGGUCAAUCAACUUGUGGCACAAAAUGCCUUCUGCACGAAAGAUGCAUUGAAAACGGCGGGUGGACGGCUAACAUGGCUUCUUAAUUUACAUAUCAUGAUUUUAAACGUUGACGGGGCUAUAUGUGAUGCCUUAUGUACAUGUAUAGCUGGAGCAUUGGUUGACUUGCGGCUUCCCGAUGUUUGUACUGAUUGUGAAGAAGAUAUCCCUAUUGAUAUCAACAAAGUUAAACUCAGCGAGACAUUUCAUCACAUCGAAAUUGUGGAUAUUCCGGUUUCAUCGACAUUUAUCGUUUAUGAACCACCAAAUGAAGAGGUGAAAAUUCUUUGUGACCCAGUGUCCGAAUUAUUUCGGGUAGCUCCUAACACAGUAAUGAUAGUAGUUGGAAAUAAUGCUCGAAUCCAUCGUAUAAGUCAAUCAGGCAUAUGCGGUGAUGAAAAUACGAUGCGACAUAUGGUUGAGAUGGCCGUUGGACGGCAGAAAGUAGUAGCUGAAUCGAUGCUUAAAGCUAAAGAGGCCCACUUAAUGAGAGAAAAGGAAUAA